AUGGCAAAUGCCUGCGAGGAACGCCCUAUCAAUCUGCCCCGCUCCCUGAUCCUUCUCGAGCCCCCGCAGGAAUUCAGCCAGCGGGCUCUGCUAGACUGGCCGCAGUUGGUGGGACUGAGAGAGCUGGACUUGGGAACUGACAAACUCCCACCUCUUCACUGGCUUGCGCACCCUUUCCCUGCCGAGCUCGAAGUUAUACCAGAUAAUAUCCCUCCUGAUGUCAUAACUAUUAUCCACCAGUCCUUGUCUUUUGACCUGUACAGGAAAAGCGCAUUGCCUUCUCAGGAUGGCGGGUCAGAUGCGCACCAGAAUGGGUCUCUCAUUUCCAAUUCGCAAUGCAGACAGCGAAAAGGUUCGAUCUCACAGUUAUCUCGCUUAUCAUCGCUAAACAAUUCUGAGGGGAGUCGAUCGCCCUCGAAGCGCUCGGUAGACUCUGGGUCUAUUAGACGUCCUCUGGUCUGGAUUGGCAGUAAGAAGUCGAACCCUACCAGGGCACUUAGGGAUAGAUUAAGGGAGCGCAAUACAUUCAAGGAAUGUUCGAGUUGUUUUGACGAGAUAAUGGAUAAAAACCUAAUCAGCCUGAACUGUCAACACAAAUACUGCCUAAAAUGUUUUAUGCAGCUCAUUAAUACCGCAAUGGCUACCGAAAAGCUCUUCCCACCAAAAUGCUGUCUUGAGGAGAUACCACAACGACUUAUCCUUGAUAAUUUGGACCAUAAUGGAAGAGAUGCAUUCAGAUUGAAGGCGCAGGAAUACUCCAUUUCUGAACCGCAUCGAGUGUAUUGUCCCGAAAUAACGUGUGCGAAAUGGAUACCUCCCAACAAACUCAAAAAAGGCAAAAAUCCUAGUCAAAAAAGCUGCCCAUAUUGCCGCACUGAGAUUUGCACACUCUGCCGAAGCCUAGCGCAUGCAAACUUGAAUGACUGCCCUCAAGACUAUGGGCUGGAGGCUACACUGGAGGAAGCUGAAUAUCACGGCUGGAGAAGAUGUUACAGCUGCCAUUCUAUGGUUGAGUUGACUGCCGGUUGUCGGCAUAUUACUUGUAAUUGUGGAUCGGAGUUCUGCUACACAUGCGCAGCUCGGUGGCAUACAUGCGACUGUACAGAAGAUGAUCACCGACGUAGACAAACUGAAAUCGAAGCCCGACGGCUGCAGCGGGAUCGACAAAUUCAAAAGGAGGCAGCUGAGAUCGCAGAGGCGCUUGCCCAGAUUGAACGUAUGGAGCGCGAAGAAGCAAUGGAGAGAGAACGGAGGGGAGAGGAGCAACGUCGCAAGGAAGAAGAGGAGCUCCGCGACAAAGAGAUGAAACGGAUGAUGCAUAUCGCUGCCACACUGCGGGGCUUGCGAACUGCCUUGUCAAGUAUCAAUAAGUACCAGCAGACCCUCCUAAACAAGAGACAUGAAAAAACAGCCCAUAGCCUCCACAGCAGGACCACAGCUGGAACUUCAGUGGUGGAGCAACAGCGGGAUAAGCUCCUGGAGGGUCUUCGAACAAACCAGAAACAGCGCAUGGAUCAACUGAUAGUUUCACAAAAGGCUGAAUUCGAUAGCAUGAUAGCUCGCCAUGAAGAAGAGGAGGACGACACACUCCUCACCGUCUCGCGCCAUCUCAAAAGGAAAACCAAUCGCGAGAGCAGAGAGAAGGCCAUCCUAGAUAAACUCGAAGCCUCCCAGGAAAGCGAAAGGCGCGGCCUUGAACAAUCCCAUCGGCAAGCAAUCCUUACGCAGGAGCAGAAUAACAAUCUAGAGCUAAAAGCUCUCGAAGCCGGAUUAGCACGCGACUACACCUCAACCCGCGAAACGGAGCUAGACACCUCCAAACUCACCCAGAUGGUCCUCAUCGAUCGCAGCUGGUUUACCGCGGCGGUCGAGAAACGCUGGAUGAUGCUUGAUGAGUACAGAUUCCGACUGAUCGACACGGGCGCGGAUAUUGAGGAACUGGCUGCCGUGGAGGUUGUACCGGAUUCUGUCGAGUUACCUGCCGACUCGGAGUUUGGAAAUGCGAAUGCUGAGGUUAUUUCUACUCCUGUCCAAACCGCACCCUUGCUGGUGUCCGUAACAUCUUCUGAGCCGGAGCCGUUGCUAGAGCCAGAGUUGGGACCCCAACGUAGGCAUGUCGUUCCGGCGGCUCCAUCGAUGCUAGGCAAGCAGCUAACACCUACAGCGGUGGUGUCGGCUCUUCCAAAGCAGAAAAAGAAGCGGGUAUUUUCGCGAUUGAUCUGA